UUCCGUUUGGUUUUGGAUUAAUCGUCUUGUACUAAAAUGCAUGAGCUGUGGAACAAGCUGGAGCCUCUGUCUGAGGGCUUUUACAAGGGCUCCGACUAUGGAGAUUCCGGACAGAUUGUACUCGACCUCUGCGCCAGCGAAUGCCCGGGCCUCGUCAACCUCGUCAAGUCCUUUGGCGACUCCAAGCCCUUUGCCGGCGUCAGGCUCUCUGGCUGCCUCCACAUGACCAACGAGACCAUGACUCUCAUUCGAGCUGCGGUCCAAUUGGGAGCCAAGGUACGUUGGGCUUCUUCGAAUCCAUAUUCAUCCAAUGAUAUGGCUGUCCAUGCUGCAUCAAAGCUUAUGAGUUCUGACGUUGCUUUGUUUGGUUUCAAGGGCGAGUCAAUGGAGGAAUACUUUUGGUGCAUGUACCAGAGUCUCGUCUGGCCAGGUUUCGAUGGACCACUUUUGCUUGUCGAUGAUGGCUGCUGCUCCUAUCACAUGAUUCACUAUGGCGUAUUAAUUGAGGAAAUGUACGAAAAGGAGGGGAAACUCUACCCUCUUGAAUCCGUUGAUGAGGCUGACCGUGAUAUGCGUGUUCUCAUCAGCUUCUUGAACCACUUGGUACAACACAAGGGCAAUGUCUGGAGGACUCUUGUAAAGUCUGUUGUUGGUCUCUCUGAGGAAACCACCAGUGGAAUUACCGCCAUGCGCAAGCUCCAUAAGGAGAGUGGUCUCCUGUUCCCAAUCUUUUCCACCAAUGAUGUCGUCUCAAAGAUCAAGUUCGACAAUAACUAUGGUGCCAGAUACUCAUCCAUUCAUGGAAUGUGCAACGGUGCCCAGAGCUUCCUCAUUGGAGGCAAGGAAGUGCUCGUUAUCGGCUACGGUAACGUUGGAAAAGGUGCCGUUAUGGGAUUCAGCGGUGCCGGUGCCAGAGUAAAGGUCGCCGAGGCCGAUCCAAUCUGCGCACUCCAAGCUGUUAUGGAUGGUUAUGAUGUCGUUUUGUUGGAGGAUGUUGUUGAGACGGCGGAUAUCUUCGUCACUACCACUGGGUCUAUUGAUAUCAUUACUCUCGAGCAUCUCAAGAAGAUGAAGAACAAUGCAGUUGUCGGAAAUAUCGGACAAGGAGACAGAGAAAUUCAAAUGGCCAGACUCGCCAGCGAUCCAAAUGUAGAAAUUACCGAAGUUAGAUAUAAUGUUCACCUUUACAAAUUCAAGGACACUGGAAAGGGCGUUAUAAUUUUGGCCCAGGGCAGGCUCUACAAUCUUGGCUGUGCCAAUGGCCAUCCAUCCUUUGUCAUGUCUCUCUCAUUCACGACCCAAAUUCUCUCCCUUUUGGAGCUCUGGAAGAACAAGGAUUCCGGCAAGUUUGGGAAGGAAAUCUACACUCUCCCAAAAACCCUCGACGAAAGUGUUGCAAGACUCCACUUGCCAGCCAUGAACGCAAAACUCACCAAGCUUACCCAAAAGCAGGCCGACUAUAUGGGAGUCGACGUCAAUGGGCCAUACAAGCACGAACACUACCACUACUAGU